AGAGGGAGGCAGGCUGGCAGGCAGGCGAGGGAGAACGGAAGAAAUUUCCUGCUUGGUUGCGAACGGGAUUCCUGCAGCCGCGUCGGGUAGGGUGAAUGCCAGGGCGUCCCCUGCUUGCUGCCUCGGUUCGCAACCGGCGGGGUGAGGAGGGUAUGAGGAGCCGGCGUGCCUCGAGAAGCCGAGCUGGGCGAGUCCCUGGAAGCCUAUAGCAUUGUCUUCCAUUAGAUACAAGAUGGAAUAUUUUUGUUCAAUAUUACUAAUUUCCAUUAGUUUUCUACAUUCUGAAGCAUUACGUGACAAUGGAACUGCAUCACAUAAUGAAACGACAACAGAUCCUCCAAGAGAAAAUGGUCAGCCAUCACAUUUACUGACUUCAGUGCUGAUCCUGAUUUUAGUGUUCAUAAUUUUAAUUAUUUUAGCUGGCUAUUUCUUUAGGUUCCGAAGACACAGGAAAGCGGUUGUAAAUUCCACUGAUAAAAAAAUGCCAAAUGGAAUCUUAGAAGAGCAAGAACAGCAGAGGGUGAUGCUUCUCAGGCAGUCUCCUUCUGGCCCAAAGAAGUAUUUUCCUAUUCCAGUAGAGCUCCUGGAAGAAGAAAUCCGGAUAAGAGCAGCUGAUGAUGGGAAGUUAUUUCGGGAAGAGUUUAAUUCAUUACCACCUGGAUAUUUGCAAGGAACACUUGAGAUGGCAAACAAAGAGGAAAACAGAGAAAAAAACAGAUACCCCAACAUAUUACCUUAUGAUCAUUCCAGAGUAACUUUAAUGCAAAUAGAUGGAUUUCAGUGUUCAGACUAUAUCAAUGCUUCAUAUAUAGAUGGCUACAAGGAAAAGAAUAAAUUUAUAGCUGCUCAAGGUCCUAAACAAGACACAGUAAAUGAUUUCUGGAGGUUGAUAUGGGAACAGAAGUCUGCAACUAUUGUCAUGUUAACAAAUGUGAAAGAGAGAAAAGAGGACAAAUGUUUUCAGUAUUGGCCUGAUCAAGGAUGCUGGACCUAUGGAAAUAUCAGAGUUUCUGUGGAGGACUGUAUAGUUCUUGUAGAUUACACCAUUCGAAAGUUUUGUAUUCAUCCGCAGGUUUCUGAUGGCUGUAAAGCUCCGAGACUUGUCACUCAGCUUCAUUUCACCAGCUGGCCUGAUUUUGGAGUGCCUUUUACCCCUAUUGGAAUGCUAAAAUUCCUAAAGAAAGUCAAAUCAUUGAAUCCUGCACAUGCUGGACCAAUUGUGGUUCAUUGUAGUGCUGGUGUGGGUCGUACAGGCACAUUCAUAGUAAUAGAUGCCAUGAUUGACAUGAUGCAUGCUGAACAAAAAGUCGAUGUUUUCGAGUUUGUGGCAAGAAUUCGUAGCCAGCGUCCACAGAUGGUUCAGACAGAUAUGCAGUAUUCCUUCAUAUAUCAAGCCUUACUUGAAUACUACCUCUAUGGCGACACAGAACUGGAUGUAUCCUCCUUAGAAAAACACCUGCAGCCAUCAAAUAGCACCACACCAAAUCUUGUUAAGAUAGGAUUGGAAGAAGAGUUUAAAAAAUUAACAAAUGUUCGAAUAAUGAAAGAAAACAUGAGAACUGGUAAUCUGCCAGCAAAUAUGAAGAAAGCCAGAGUUAUCCAAAUAAUCCCUUAUGAUUUUAACAGAGUGAUUCUUUCAAUGAAACGAGGUCAGGAGUAUACAGAUUAUAUCAAUGCUUCCUUUAUAGAUGGCUAUCGCCAAAAGGAUUACUUCAUUGCAACUCAAGGACCUCUUCCUCAUACUGUGGAAGACUUCUGGCGAAUGGUGUGGGAGUGGAAAUGCCACACCAUCGUUAUGCUUACAGAAGUGCUGGAAAGGGAACAAGAAAAAUGUUUUCAGUAUUGGCCAUCAGAAGGUUCUGUUUCUUAUGGCGAGAUUACCAUUGAUAUUAAGAAUGACUUGCUUGUUGAUACUAUAAGCAUAAGGGACUUUUUGAUUACACACAACCAGGAGAAGCAAGGCAGAGUUAUUAGACAGUUUCAUUUCCAUGGAUGGCCUGAGAUAGGCAUUCCGACUGAAGGGAAAGGUAUGAUUGACCUCAUUGCAGCUGUUCAGAGACAGCAACAGCAAACAGGAAACCAUCCCAUUACAGUACACUGCAGUGCUGGAGCUGGAAGAACAGGUACAUUCAUAGCACUCAGCAAUAUUUUGGAGCGAGUUAAAGCUGAGGGGCUCUUAGAUGUAUUUCAAGCUGUGAAAAGUUUACGGCUGCAAAGACCUCAUAUGGUGCAAACACUGGAACAGUAUGAAUUCUGCUACAAAGUGGUACAAGAUUUCAUUGAUAUAUUUUCUGAUUAUGCCAAUUUCAAGUGAAAAUGCCUGCCAUUUUUUAAAAAUUUAAUCAUCUGUACAAAGAUUUGUAAAUCAUGUUAAUUUAUUUCCAUUUUUUUAAAAAAACACUUCUAAAUGUACAUAUGAUUAUGUAUGUUUUGCUUUGAAUGUGUCUUCAGGUGUAUGUCUGACUCAAAUAAGCUUCAACCCUGAUCCAAAGGAGUAUGCACAGACUCUUUUCAUACAAUAAAAUAAACUUCUAGUCAGCUGUUUGGUGGCAAAAGGAAAGAGCUGAUUUAUGGGAUUUGUAUAGUUUUGAAAGGAUAAUAUAUUCACCCCAACUGGUUGAUAAAGGAGGAAAGCUGUAUACACAGAAUAUAGUUGCAUGUUGGACUACUCAUUCAGCUGAAGAAAUAUUUGCAAAAAACUGUGUCUGCAUGUGUAACAACCCUAUCUAGGUCAUUGCUUUGUGUUUUUGUUGGUUUUAAUUUUAAAUAACUGAGGCCCAUGUACAAUACAAUACAGUAUAUACUGUUGUGAAUACAGGCACAAUUCAGCCUAUGUUAGGCAUAUUUAAGACUUACUGAUUUCAGUGGGUUUAAUAAGCAUAUGCUUAAAUAUUUCCCAUUGAAAUUAAUGGGACUGAGUCCAGUUAAACGUUUGAAAGCACUGAUUCUGAAAUUAAACUGAUGUAGAUCUGGUCAGUGGCUUGGAUAACAGCCCGCUGAUCACUCUGAGCCCAUGUAAGAGCAAAAUAUAUUAAUAGAACUCCAAAUCUCUUUAAUUUUGACUGAAUUUUUCCUAUUAUUUGCCUAAAUGCAUGAAAAAUUGUGAUUCAUCUCUAAUGUUGUUUGAAAUUAUAUAUUUUUAUUUAUUGUAUAUAGUCCCUAAUAUUUAUAUAAAAAAGGAAAAGGAGUACAUUUUUAGAGCUAAAAAUCAUCUUGCUAUCAUUGAACAAUAUUUUAUUUAAAGCAAGCAUCAUUUAAUAAUUACACCACAAAGAUAUUAUACCAACCAGACUGAAAGGAAUAUGAGCUUUCUAUGAUAGACAGAAAAAAUUAUUCAGUCUUCAUUUCAAUAAGAUUUAUACCUGUUUCUUGUUUUCUUAUGUUGAUGCUAUUGUGGCCAUUAACAUAUUUGAUCCUCAUACAACAUCACUAAUAUUAAUGUGGAGAAUUCACUGAGAUAGAUAAUAUACAGAGUGUGCUAGAGUAUAAGAAUAUUCUAAAUAUUUAUUUUAUCAAUACCAAUUAGAAUCAUUUGCCUUAUUGGUACUGUUUGGAUCUUUAUAAUUAAGCACAAUUAGAAUAGAGAGGAACACAAAUCUUCCAUAAGCAACAACUAAGAUAUAAUUUAAACUUUUAAAAAAAUGUAUAUUUUUAAAAAUAGGACUCUAGGAAAUUCUGUUUUAAUGCAAAUUCUCAAUUAAUACCAUAGUGUAAAUAUGGAGUUUCUUAAAUUUAACUAAGUAGUCUAAAAAUAUAAUUUUAAGUCAUCAUUUUAUUGAAUUAAGAGAAAAUAUAUUUAACUUACAAAGCAGCUGAUCAAUAUUUGAUACUAUUUUGUAUCAAGAAAUUUUGUUUUGUUGUCAUAAAUAGCUAUAAAGCCAGAAAUUACAUUUAUAUAAAGAAAAAUGUAUCUCUUUAGUAAGCAAGCUAAAUUAAUUCAUCAUUUGCUACUAAAGCUAAUAAACAGCUAUCAUUUUUAACUUGAAUGUCAAAUAUUCAAUAUUCAAUUCACAGUAAAGCCCUUAAUUAUUUGAGUUCUUUUGGUAUACAAAGCACAUUAAUAAAAUAACAAUUCCCUGCACUGUAUCCCCAAAUAUACCGUUGCUCCUUAUCACCAGAGUGCAUAUGUAGUUCUAAAAUGAGCAAAGGUCUUAUUUCUAUUGUAAUGUGGCCUACAUGAAUCUAGAACUUAUAAGCACCAUGUAGAUACCAGAAUACCUACAGGUGUUCUGGGUGGGCUAUCCACGUGCAAACACUCAUGUACUAAAAAGCACAAAACCCAAUCAUGUUGAUAAUACUUGUAUAAAAGUUGUACCCUAUAGUUCCAUCUUACUGACUUGUGCAAGAUUUCAAAGUUCUUACAACAGAUGAAACGUUUUCUUGAUAUUAGCAAAGACAAACAAGAAAAACAAAAUAGCAUAAGCCUGGAUCCAAUUAUGAUUAACUCCACCAUUUUCAGGAAAUAGCAGAGGCUGCUACAAGAAGGAAGAAGAUAAAUUAUUUUUAUACUUUCUACCUUAUAGUUUUUCAUUCCCCAUACAUUUUUUUAAAAUAUUCUGGAACAAUGUAGGGAAUAGUAAGAAUAAAGAUGGAAAUAUUCUUAGAAAUGUCCACCCAUUCCUUCCUCUGUGGAGCAACUCAUAAAAACUUUGCUCUGCAGAAAUAUGGAUCAUACCUAAAGUGUCAAAAAAACCUAGGAUGACAGUGAAGUAAAAAAA